AAUGAAAUUAACCUUUCUACAUAGUAUCGGAGCCUAAAAAUCAAAAACCCUAAACCCCCUCUCUCUCUCGUUCGGCCUUCUCUCUCGCCGUCAGCGCCGACUCUCCCUACGGCAGCUCUCCUCACCGGCGACACCCUCUCCUCCUCGGCGGUCCUCUUCUUCCCCUCACCAUGGCCGAAAACAGCAAAAUCACUUCCCAAAAUAACUCCUCCAAACCUCCUCAUCUUGCUUUCACAACAAUCUCAAACGUGAAACUUCAUGUCCCCGUUCAACUCAGUCUCUCCCAACCUAAUUACAAAAAGUGGAGCCGACUCUUCCUUCUUCUGGUUCGGCGAUUCAACCUCAAGGGCUACAUCGAUGGCUCCGUCGUCCCCCUCUUUGAUGACGACGACGAAUGGUUCCAACUCGACGCUCUCCUCCAGGGUUGGAUCCUCUCCACCAUCACCGAUGAGGUCUCAGAUCUGGUCAUCUCCUCUGUCUCUACUGCCUCUGCUCUCUGGAAAGUCAUCCACGACUUGUUCCACUACAACAAACAUACUCGAGCUAUGCAAUUGGAAGAUGAAUUUCGCACGACAGUCAAGGGCAACUCCACUAUGGCAGCCUAUUGCCAACAACUGCAGAAUCUUGCCAACUGGCUGGAUGAUGUUGAUGCACCAGUCUCCCAACACCAACUCGUCCUUCAAAUGCUUCGUGGUCUCCCUGCCGAUCUCGAGGGACAAACAUCAUUCAUGCAAUUUCAGGAUCUCAUGCCCACAUUUCUGCAGGUUCGAUCCGCCCUCAUGCUGCUGGAUCGACAACGGACGGGUCCCUCCGACUCGGGCUCCACGGCUUUCCUCACGACCCGAGUCGGUGGCAACUCCCACGGCGGCACUCACGACGGUACUCCCGGCGGCUAUGGCGGACAGCAUGGCGGCAUAGGCUAUGGGGAAGGCAACUCCGGGCAACGUGGAGGCUAUGGACGAGGACAAGGGCUUCUUCAGAGUCUCAUUCAGAAACUCAAGGCUGAGUUUGCCAUGACAGACAUGGGUGAUCUGCAUUUCUUCCUCGGCAUUAAUGUUCAUCGCACUGCUCAAGGCCUUUUCCUCCAUCAGACACAGUUCACUCAUGAGAUCCUUGAGAGGGCAGGGAUGGUCUCUUGCCGCCCCAUAUCCACUCCAGUCGACACCAAGGCAAAGCUUUCUUCCUCUUCCGGCACGGCACUUUCAGAUCCUUCUCUUUACAGAACCCAGGCUUUAGAAGAAGAACUCGAGGUCGUUGGUGAUGCUGCGCGGUGGGAGCAGAAGACGCUGUUGCAGUCGCGGCAGAUAGAGAGUAGCUUGGGUCAAGUCGUGGUCGCGUGAUUCGUGCAACUUCAGCUGUAUGUGAAACACGCUCUGUUUCAUCGUGAGCCGGUAUAGGCUCAGGAAGUGCACCCCUCUUCUUGACAGUAUGCUGACAUCUUCACCAAAGGACUACCUUCUCUACUCUUCCUCGAGUUUAAGUCCAGUCUGGGUAUCAGACCCCCUCCUCAUCCGACGUAGCCAGGAUCAUGUUAAAUAUAUUCUAUAUUUAAUGUAAAUAUAUUGUUUCCGAUUAUUGUCUCCUACCUUCUAUAAGAUUAGGAAUAUAUUGUUUCCUAUUAU